UUAAGCGUUUUACGCAUAUAUUAGCACUUCCACACCAUUCUCUUUGAACCAUAAUAUAGAAAGUCCUCUCUCUCUCUCUCUCUCUCUCUCUCUCUCUUUGUGAUUUCUGGCUCUCCCCCUCUGUCUCUCUGAUUUUGAUUUGGAUAUCAAAUAAUUCAUUGAUUCCCCAUCUUUCAAAUUCUUGGUUUUCCUUUUGAUGGCUGAGGGCCGAAUUAACGGCCAAGAUGUGGCUGGAAUUAAGCUAUUCGGAGCAACCAUCACAUUGCAAAACAGAUCACAAGUGAAGGAUGAAGCCAACGAUAAAACCCAUCAAACAGUAGAAAAGAGACCGGAGAAGAUCAUACCAUGCCCCAGAUGCAAGAGCAUGGAAACCAAGUUUUGUUACUUCAAUAACUACAACGUUAACCAACCUAGACACUUCUGCAAAGGUUGCCAAAGGUACUGGACGGCCGGUGGGGCCCUCCGGAACGUCCCGGUUGGUGCCGGCCGGAGAAAAACCAAACCUCCUUGUCGCGGUUUGGCCGGCUUACCGGAAGGUUGUCUGUACGAUGCUUCUGAGGUUGUUCACCAGUUUGACUUGGAUGGGGUUAUGGAAGAGUGGCACCUGGCAGCGUCGCAAGGCAGUUUCCAACAAGUUUUUCCGGUGGUGAAGCGGCGAAGGAGCGGCUCAGGUGGUCAAACAUGCUCUUGAUCUUUUUUGUGAUUUUGGUUUUUUGUUUUCAUAGUUUUAUUUUGGAAAAUAUAAAAUCAAAAAAAAAGAAAAAAAAAGAAAAAAAGAAAAGAAACGAAAAGAGGGUUGUAGCCUGCAGGUGUAUAUAUAUGGAAAUUGGUGUUAAUGGUAUU